UUAUGUGUUUAUCAUGGUUGCGAAGUGCGGACAGUCGAAGUACCUGUUCGUAAAUCUAGUCGUUAAUUUUUAUUUUGUGUGUAUCUGAUGACCAUCAACUUGGCCGUUGGGUAUUUAUGACAAUACCAUAAUGUCCACAGAAUUGCACUUGUCAUUUCUUUUGUAACAGUAGUGGCUUUAGUCCCCUGACGACGAGGAGUUCUUUAUUACUGUAUGGUAUUAGGUCAGAGUUGGAAACUAAAGAAAACUGUGGUAAGAUUUGGCAAUCAUCUGCAUCAAAUUAUGCCAGUCAAUAUGCCUUCGAAAAUGGAAGAAGGUGAUGAAUAUGAUGCUGAUGACUUUGAAGAAACAGAAACUAUGAUUUCUAAAGAUAGGUCUAAUAGACCAAAGUCUGCUAUGGGUUUUAUGGCCAAAAAAAGUUCUAAAAUGACAAAAAGAAUGUCAGGCACAUCACACAAAAGACGAGCACAGAGUGCUGGACUGACACGCACAAGCAGAGAAAAAUGGAUAAGCGCUGUUAAAAAAGGCCAGACAACUAUGCUUGCAAAUGGAAGACAGAGUCCCAGACACAAGACACCAGUUGAGUACUGGGUAGAGACACUUCGCAAAACAGGAUCAGGCAUCAGCACAGAAAGCACUGGAAUGAAUACCUUCACAGGAUUAAAAAAGGCCAAUGAAAAAUAUUAUCCUUACAUGAGCACUUCACACUUUAUGCGCCAGGUUAUGGGCACUGAGAAGGCAAACAGAUACGAUGACCCAACAGUCAAGCCUUCACCAGGUCGACCAAACUAUAAAACACCUGAAGAGUAUUAUGAUGAAGUGCUGGAACUAAGGAAACAAAUAGCAGCACUUAACCUUGAGUCUGGUACAAUGAAAACAAAAAUACGGAGACUCGAAGAGGACAAUGUAAAGAAGGAGAAAGAAAUUGAAAGCUUGCUAAAUCCUGGAAUGAGCGAGGAGAUCAGAAGAACUUUAGGGGACAGAAAACCAGAGUCAGGGGCUGUGAUACACAGUUUGAAACAGAAGAUUCUGAAGCUUGAGGUGCAGCUUAGAGACCGAGAAUCAGCAUACAACAAGCUUCAGGCAGACCUCAAGGUUACAAAGGUCGAGGAACUCAGAGGUCAAAUGGAAGUUAUGUACCAAGAGAUUGUUAGACUGCAGCACUGUAAGGAUUCAAGUCCCUCCACUAAAGGUAGCCAUGAAAACACAGUAAAAGUAAAGGCUCUAAAUGAAACCAUUUUGCGACUGAGUAAAAACAAUGAACAACUGCUGCAAGAGAACAGAGCAUUGAAGGAGGACCUUAGCAAAGCUUUUGAGGAAGCUGACACUAAGCCUAAUGAAAAUAGAGAAUGUGAAGAUAUGGACAGGAAGCAGCUUCUCUUGAUGAUUAAAAAACUUGAGAGACGUACAGAAUUGGCAGAGAGGCAGGUGGACUCUGACACUUUGUCUGUUGUUUCUGGAGUAAGUGGAAGAGAAGGAAGAGCUGGGAGUUUGGCUGCUACAAAACUUGUCCUGCAAGGAAGUCUUCAGGAAAGGCUGACUCAGCUAGAUCAACGAGAGACAGAGCUCCUUGAGGAGAUCCAGCGGCUUAAACUCAUUAUAAAACGACUGCGUGAUGAAAAACGCAAACAUGCUGAUGAGGGCAAACCAGAAACAGGCUCUUUACCACCUACACCGAGGCAUCGUUCAAGCCGAUCAGAGUCAGGAAGUCUGAUGGGUAGUCGUCGCCCAUCACGCCAGGAAUCAGUGAUAUCUGAAUCCAGCUCUACUCAGAGGAAGGUCAAUGACUUCAAACAGAAACAUGCAGCAUUGAACAUUCAACGACAAUGGCGGCAGCACAAACAGCAGCAGGAAGAAAAGAAGAAAACCCAUGAAAAUAUGGCAACCAGAAUAAAGAUGGAGGAAAAAGUGAAGAAAUUUCAAGAAAACCAUGCUGCCAAGACGAUUCAGAAUAAAUGGCUGAAAUACAAGCAUGACCAGUAUGAGGCCGAUGAUGCAGCAUACAUGAUCCAGUCAGCACUAAAGGCACAUAAAUCAAGACAAGCUCAGAUGAAGAGAUAUAGGGAUGAUGAAGACUCCAUACAAGGGGAUGACGAUGAUGAUGAUGAUGAUAUUUACCUCAUCCAGUCAAGCAUUAAAGGUCAACACUCCCGUCGGGACCAGAUGAGGCAAAUGAGACAACAGGGAUAUGAUUCCUAUGAAGAUGAGGAUGAAUAUUAUGAUACAAGAUCUGGAGGACAGCCCAGGAAGCCCUCAAUACAACAACUUUCAGCAAAAGAAAAACCAAAGCGCCAGUUGUUAACUUACACGCCCGUGGCCAGUUCUAGCAAUGCACCAACAGACGAUGAUGAUGACAUAAUGUUUUGAUCUGUGUUUUUAUGGUCUUGGUCUUUUGGCCCACAGAACUUCCUUGUGCUGAGAGGUCUUGGUCUUUCUCUAUUUCUGUCUGUUGAUUAGAAUGACAGCUUAGGAGAAGCUGCUUCAGCUAUAGUGCCUCAGUAAUAUUUUAUCUAUCACAGCUGGCCUGUGAAAAUUAUCACCUUUUUGGUCUAAAAAUUGUUUGAGGGGUAUCAUAUUUUGGUCAGAAUGAAUGAAUAAAUUUUACUCUUCUCAUGUUCGUUCUUGUGCUGUUGAGUUUUUUUAUAUUUAUUUCUCAUUUUAGUUAUAGGUUUCUUUCACCCUUUGACCAAAUAAUGCAUGUGCAGUGCCACCCUUUUUUUCAGGAAUUACUGCUAUACCAGUCAGGUAACUUUACCUACUUAGGUGCUCAUGAAUCAGGAGUUUGCCUUUCAGAUUAAUGAGCUAGUUCCCUACUCAUCUUAGGCAGAUUUACCCAUGAGUAAAUUGCUGUUGUUUUUGGUCUUUCUUGUUCCCAAAUUAUCAACAGCAACUAUUGGCAGUUCAUUUAUAGCUCAUUUUCUUUCUUCCUCCAAAGAUUUAGAGAUCAGUAAAUGCAUAUGGGUGUAUGUUCAGAUCCUUUCAUGUAUAGCCUAUAGGUUUUUAGGCAGCAUCUAUAAUUAAAUCACUUUGCCUUGACAUAUUUUACAAUUGAAGAUAUUUACAGCAUGGAUUAGCAUACAGUUGUAUGCAUUUGUGUGUUUGUGUGCAUGGGCAGAUGUGCAGUGAUCUCUGUCUGUAGUGGAUGUACAUAUGAAAGAUAUAGGAGAGUAUGCACACACAUGAUAGACAUGGUAUUUUGAAUAAGCCUACACAUAUACACACACAAACAUACACACAUGUGUACACAUAGACUUGUUCAAAAUACCAUGUCUUAUAGUAAUAAUUUAUGAAAGGAUUCUUUGCAGAUAUAUAUGAAUGCACAGAAGUAUUUCAUUUUUGUACAUCAAAUUUACAUUUUACAUAUCACUUUUUGUUCAUGCGCAUGUGCAUGCAUUUUAAGAUUUAAAAUUUUUUAAUGUUUUAUAUUUCAUUAUUGACCACUAUUGAUUCCUAAAUGUCAGGAAAGAAACUGUCUUUAAUUUCAUCAACAUUAUAAUUUUAUUGCUGAAGAAUAGAUUAGAAAAGAGGUAGUUGGUAGUCAUGCAAAAAAAGUCAUGCAAUAUCUCUUCAUUGUCUAAGUGUUUGUUGUCAACAGUUACUGGAAGCAGUUUUUUGCAAAUAAGAAAAAAAUUAUAUUCAGUAACAUAAAAACAACUUUAAUUUUUCUUUAACUUAUGUAUGAACAGUUAUAAAAUAAAGGCAGUUUAUAAAUGACCUUACACUUUCUGAAUUUAUACUUAUUCCUUUUAUCAUUAAUUUAUUCAGUAAUGUCGAAUGUAAGAUUUUAUGUCCCAGAUAAAUAUUAUUUAUCAAAAUUAACUAUUGUGUAAGCCUUGUGCACAAAAUGAUCUCCGCACAAUUUCUGUGAUAACUUUGUCUACAGAUAGUUACUGUUAUAUAAAAUUUUAAUUAUA